CUUUCAUGUCAGCUUUUAGGUUAGGCUAGGAUGUAUCUAAGUACCUAGAUAUGUUAUCUUAAUAGGAUACCGCGGAAGGGCACGGACCACACACGCUAACACAAUUGUUUGAUCCCGCAUUUCCACCUUGCAACCAUCAAUCUGGCAACAUUCGCCGAUCCAUCAAACGAAUCAUACACCUACCAUAGCCUACUGUCCGCGGAUUACAGAAUCUAUGUGCUAAUCACGUGAUUCAUUGCAACGACAAGGAACCCGUGAAAAAUAUUCAUCGCGAAUAGCCUCAUCGAAAAUAGACCUUAAUCGUCGCCAUUCCGCCAUUAAAGUGGUCGGAAUAGUCUUAAUAGGCUUCUGCGAUCACCCUGAACCAUUUUAAUCGUGGCGCCGAUUCACCUCAUACAGCGACGCGACGGUCCCCUCGACCACGGCCGAGGUGGAUUCUGGGGCAUGAAUCGUAAUCCGACUACAUACACCCCUCUCGAAGCAUUUGCUUUAUUCCAAGAGCUCAACAAGAACUUCUCGAAAGGCCUUGUCAUAGGCACCUUCGGUCACAUCUCCGACACCCUCAAGAAAACACCUUUAAUAUACGAACAAGCCGAGUACGAUGCCGACCGAUUGAGUCCUGAAUCUCUUCAGGGCUUUGCCCUACACCUGCUCCGGGAAGAGCGCAAGGAAGAGAAGAAGCCUGUCGAAGUUCCCGUAGAAAAGAACACCGCCACGUUGUCACCGAAUUCUAGGAAGAGGAAACUUCAGAGUCCCCCACUGGUCAGUUAUCAGGAUGAACCGGAUAAACUCUCAAUUCUAGUAGACAAGCUCUACACAAGAUUUCGCGAUGGUCUUAUCAGAGAAAUCAGGGAGGACGAAAGGCGAUUUGAUGAGCUUCAACGUGAGCUUGCUGAAAUCGAACGGGGCGAAUGGGAUGAAAGACUCAAUCAAGAGCGGCGUGCGGACUCGACCAAGAACGGAGCACCGGCUGUCAACGAGACAGCACCUCCGAAGCCGGCAGGCCGAAUAGCGCCAUCGCAAACGCAAACGCAAACGCCAAUACCGGCACCAACACCAGCGGUUGUGUCAGCGCCAGCACCAGUACCGACACCCACACCAACUCCAGUCCCAGUACCAUCUAGAGCACCUGCUGCCGAGAGAAGAGUUGGACCACCUCAAACACCCCAGCCAUUACAAGAGAGGAAACCUACACAUCCGAUUCCCUCGCCUUUACCCCCAUCUACCCGACCCCCGAGCGAAACGCGUAUUACCGCACCCGAUAAUAGGCCACAAGAACCAGCUCGACCGAUAAGCGGCGCAACUCCCGUUCUUCAACAUCCACAAACCGCUCAUGGAUACCCUGCGCGUCAACACUCAACUACACCACAGCCGCCUGUUACGGACGGCUUACAACGACCUGAUGUUGCGCUGAAAGGCCGAAGUCCUGCCCCGGUACAAUCCAACCAACCCCAUACUCCCACUGCUACUCCUACGCCAGCUCCUGCUUUGAAAUGGGAACCCCCAUAUCAACCUCCCCAUCAACCCUCGCCUCAACCUUCUCCGCAGCUCUCGCAUCUACCUCCUCACCAGUCUCCGCAUCAACAACAUCCUCCGCCGCAACCACCGAUACAACACCAACCACCUCAUCAAACACCUAUCCCAUCACCUCGCCCUCCUUACGGCACGGGGGUGGCCAGGCCUCCAACAUAUCCUUCUCAACCUCAAACCGUACCUCCUCAGUUACCCCAAAAUUACGCCAGUGGAAGGCAAACCCCCGGACAAUAUCAUCCUCCACAACAUCGCCCUUCAGUACAAACCUCCGCGCCAGCAUCUCCUUCAGUACUUUUACCACCACAGAGUACUGGUCAAAUACCACCGUCCCUCCAAUCUUUGCCAUUAAAUACGGCUCCAGAUGGUACAGGGCAGCAAGCACACCAGCGGCGUCCAGCUUCUGUUCCUAUAGCCAGCUCUCCAGGACCUAGUGCAGGACCCAGCGCAGGACCUAGUCCCUAUCCUCAACAUCAAGGCCAACAUGCGCCGACUCAAACACCCAUCCGACCGCCAAUUACAAUACCAACUACGCACUCAGCCGCGAGCCCGUCAAAGCCGCCUUUGCCGUCAACGCAAUGGGGACAGACACCUGGCUCUGGUCGGUCUCACAUCUCCGAGACUCCUAUUCCAGCCCCAUCAGCGCCUCAGCAAAGCCAGGCGCAACCAGCUUCGAGGUUGUAUAAUUCACCAUACAAUCAACAAGUCCAGCCAACUGGUGCUAGCGAUCCCAUUCAGCGCCCCCGGGUGCCUCCCUUACAGACCCCGGCCUCUAUGCCCCCUCAACUUAUGCGCCCAUCUUCAGCGAUUCAACCACAAACACCACUGGCAGUUUCGCCUCAUAUUAUAAGGGGUCAUGGUACUAAGUGGACGUCAACACCAACACCUGCGACGCCGCGAAUGGAGGAUGUAACUAGUUAUUUUGAGACCCAAAGUCCGGUUUUCGAACCUAUUAGUCCACCUCCCCAGACAGCCCAAUUACCAAAAACCUCGCCUGAAAGCAAUGGCAAGAAGGAUGUACGAAAACCCGCACAGAAGACCGAUGGAGUAGCUAGUCGGCCUCGUGGUCGGCCACCUCGCGCUUCUCAGAAGACAAGUCCUUUAGCACUCUCGGAAGAAACACCAGCGGAACCGGAUCUCUUGGGGAGCAACAUUAAGAAUGAAGAGGCAACUCCUCGGGCUCUUGAAGAUAUCGGUGAUGCGGCUACAGCGGACGAGAGUGUACCUAGCCAGGUCACAUCCGGGCCGAGCCAGCCGUCUAACAAGCGGAAGCGCCAAGAAAGCCCUCCAAAUCGGGCACCGCCGACUCCAGCUAGUCACGUUCUAUGGACACGCUCGUUCAACAAAAUUAGCCAAUCCGCGUUGGAUCAAAUUAUCAGCCACCGCCACGCCAAUAUGUUUGCGCAUCCUGUGAAGCCAAAGACGGCUCCCGGUUACUUCGAAAUCGUGCUUCGGCCUCAAGACCUCAAGGGUAUACAGAAGGCUAUUACGGCAGGAUCCAAAGCAGCGGCAGCAGCGGUAGCAACAAUGGCUGAUGUUGAUCCGAGCGCUACGAACGUCUGGAUACCGAUAUCAGUGGAUCUCGUGCCACCGCGAGGUAUAAUAAACAUCGCGCAGCUGGAAAGAGAGUUGGUUCAUAUGUUUGCGAAUGCUAUCAUGUACAACCCGGAUCCUUACCGUGGCUUUGGGCCUUCAUUCUUAAGAGCAAACAGACUCUCUAGUGUGGAAGGCGACGGAGAAGACUACCGAGGCUACGAAGUAGAUGAGAACGGGGUUGUCAAAGAUACUCGUAGCAUGUUCAGUGAGGUUGAGAAGCUGCUGAGUGACUUACGCAAUGAAGUAGAGCGAAACGCACCUCCGCCGACAGGAGUUCCACCAUCAGCCAGCCGUAGCAUGAGCGUGGCAGGUGGCGAGACGAACACGGCUGAUGACGAUGUGGAUGAGCUAGCAGGAGAUGGUAAUAAGAGAAGAAGGAUCAGGGGCUAGCAGCCCGACAUUGCAGUUUAAGAAAGCCACACUUUAGAUGGCGUUAGUAAUUCGGCUGUCCUACGGCCUACAUUUUGGGGCAUCGGCCCCAUUCGAUUGUAUACUCUUUGCGAAGCAGAAUAAAUACCAAACAUGACCCUAAGAUCCUACUGUGGUCUUAGUCGUCAAUUAAGCAGUAUAUACUUUUUUAUGAUAUCUUAUUGAAGUGAUGUAUCUGGG